AUGGAUGUUGAUGGGUUCGUGAAGCCGAUAGCGCAGGCGGAGACUGUGUCCUCGGACAAAGGUGUAGAUGAGCAGGCCGAAGGCGAGCGUUCAAAGCCGAAGAAGAGCAAGAGAAGGGAACGUGCAGAAAUGGCUCUCGCUGUGCACAAACCACUGAAACGACGACUGUUGUAUCAUGCCCGUACGCCCACAUCGCGCCCAUCGUGCCCGACACUCGCAUCAAAAGGCCUUGCUGCCAAGUUGGCCAAGGCCAUCUCUCAGAUCCUCGGUAUCGCACCGUCGUCAACCCUCAAUGCACCCUCCUUAAUUACCUCAGCAAGCUCUACGCCCUUUAUCGCUCUCGAAACGCUUGCCUCCAAGUCUGCCACAGCUUCUGCCGAGUUCAAGCUCCAGGACCUGACAACCUCGAGCAAGAGCGUCAUGGACUAUCUCCGCGAAAAGCUCUCCGCGAAGAACAACCGUGCUUCCGUAUUCAUGAAGAGGCGUCUGCUGCACGAUUAUGAUGACCGUCCACGGGGUGGUCUAGGGCUGCGAGAUCGCGGGUCGAAUACCAGGCCAGCAAGGACUAUGACAGUCGCUCUAAUCGCUAGUACCGUUCCGUCACUGAACUCUGGAGUCAACGGUAGUGGAGCAGUUUGGCGUGGCUGA